AUGUUUUUAGGUCUCCUUGAUGAACCGGUGGUGAUUGAGGGCAAAAGGCAGCGCCAUGCGGUCGAGAGACUUGCGGCGUCUGCGUCCUCGACGCCGUCCAAGCGAUCGAGCUUAGGUUCAGUUGGCACAGGAACACCGCUUGGCGACAUUGAAUUUGUGAAUGCCGGUAUCACGAAAACACAUACGGAAACGCUGAAAUCGCUGCACAAGCUGUGCUACGGUACACCAGGCACCGCAGCAGCACGAAAGAAAGACCUGAGACGUUUCAAUGGAUUCACUUUUGACCGAAAUAGCGCUGAAUUUGAAAAGAAAAAAACGGGCGCACUGAAGCUGACAACCAAUGAGGUGAAUUCGAUCGCACGCAUCCUAGGCACCGAAAGAGGACAUGGCAAAGAAGACACAGUAACCAAUGUGCUUCAUUUCUUGCAAAAGCCGGAAGACAAGGGCAAAAAGGCACCGAUGGCGAAAAAACGAUCGUCAUCUUCGAGAUCGUCAAAGAGGGGAAAGAAACAGAAGAGGACGGUAAAGAGAGCAAAGAAAGCAGGUGCAGCGAAGGAGACGGAGGAUGAGGAUUCCGACGACAACGAAAGUCAGAGCGGAGAGGAAUCGAGCGGCGGCGAGGAGGAGAACGAGACGAAGUCGGAGCUGAAGAGUCUGGCGAGCAGUGCCAAAAAGAAGGGGACCAGGAGUUCACGUGCUGAAACUAAACAGGACAAGAAGCAAAGCUGGGGAGACGGUGGGCCAACCGGUGAAGAAGUGGACGCAGCAAUUGAUGAAAUCCUUCAUGCAGUAGAUCUUGGCAACUGCACCAUGAAGCAAAUGUGUGACAGGAUUGCAGAGAAAUUCCCGAAUUUGGAUAUGGCGACGUACAAGGCACCGCUGAAGGAGCGUGUUAAGGUGGCGUUGGAAAAAAUGGAGGAUUCUUGA